AUGACUGUACAAUUAACUGUUCCUGUUGGCGAAGCCAAAACCGGUGAAACCGCGCCAAGAAGAAAGGCGUCCCAAAAGAAUGGUGCUGUUGAAAGACCCUUGGACAGUAAGGCUACCACCAUUAGAGAGUUUUUUGAAGAAUGCGUUGGCCGGUUUUCCAACCUCAAAUGUAUGGGUUGGAGAACUUUAAUUGAUAUUCAUGAAGAAACUAAGCAAGUCACUAAAGUCGUUGAUGGCGCACAUGUAAAAGUUGACAAGGUGUGGCAGUUUUAUGAAUAUUCAAACUAUAAAUAUCAAACAUUUGCUGAAGUUUUGCAAACUGUUGAAGCCUAUUCCAGGGGUUUGAUUAAAGUUGGUUUGAAACCUAAUCAAGUGGAUAAGUUACAUAUUUACGCUCAAACUUCCCACAAGUGGAUGCAAUCAUAUUUGGCUGCAUCAUUCCAGAAUAUCCCAAUUGUUACCGCUUAUGACACUUUGGGUGAAUCUGGUUUGAUUCAUUCUCUUGUCCAAACUGGAUCUAAUGCCAUUUUCACCGACAAUGGGUUGUUGAGCUCUUUAAUCAACCCCUUAAAGAAAGCUGAAAAUGUCAAGAUUGUCAUAUAUUUUGAUACUGUUGAUCCUCAAGAUAAGCGUAUGAAUGGUACUUAUUAUAGUAAUGCCCAAAAGGCCAUUGAUGAUAUCAAGAAAAUUCGUCCAGAUAUUAGCUUUUAUUCUUAUGAUGAAUUAAUUGAAUUGGGUAAAGCUAACCCUGAUAUUCCAUUACAAACAUCUAAGCCAGAAGAUUUAUCCUGUAUUAUGUACACUUCUGGUUCUACUGGUGAGCCAAAGGGUGUUGUUUUAACUAACGCUAAUGUUGUUGCUUCUGUUGGUGGUGUUUCAUGUGUAGCUGGUAGAAAUGUUGUCAAGAAGGGUGACAGAGUUAUUGCAUUCUUACCUUUGGCUCAUAUUUUUGAAAUGGCUUUUGAAUUAAUGUCCUUCUGGUGGGGUAGUUGUUUGGGUUAUGCUACUGUGAAAACUUUGACCGAUGCCCUGAUUAAGAAUUGUAAAUCUGAUAUGGUUGAAUUCAAACCCACUGUAAUGGUUGGUGUGGCUGCUGUUUGGGAAGCAGUUAGAAAGGGAGUUCUUGCCAAAGUUAAAGAUUUACCUACUCUUACCCAGAAGAUCUUCCACUCUUGUGUUGCUGCCAAACUGUCUAUGUGGAAGUACCAUAUCCCUGGCAGUGGAAUAUUUGAUCCAAUCUUUAAAAAGGUUAAGGCUGCUACUGGUGGUGAAAUUCGUAUUCUUUUGAAUGGUGGUUCUCCAAUCUCCCAUGAUGCACAGGAAUUCAUUUCACUUCUUAUUGCUCCUAUGUUAUUGGGUUAUGGUUUAACUGAAACUGCUGCCAACGCUACAGUUGUUGAAUUAUCACACUUUGAAUAUGAUGUUGCUGGUACUUUAACUGGUGCCAUUACUGCCAAGUUAGUUGAUGUUGCUGAUGCAGGAUACUAUGCAAAGAACAAUCAAGGUGAAGUUUGGUUAAAGGGUAAAUGUAUUGCAUCUCAUUAUUACAAGAAUGAAAAGGAAACAUCCGAAGCAUAUGAAGAUGGUUGGUUUAAGACUGGUGAUAUUGGUGAAUGGACUGCCAAUGGUGCAUUAAAGAUCAUUGAUAGAAAGAAGAAUUUGGUUAAGACAUUGAAUGGUGAAUAUAUUGCGUUGGAGAAGUUGGAAUCUAUUUAUAGAUCCAAUCCUAAUGUGUUGAACUUGAUGGUUUAUGCUGAUCAAACCAAGGUUAAGCCAAUUGCUGUUGUUUUACCCAAUGAAAAGCAUAUGAAGACAUACUUGGCUGAAGAAAAGGUUUUCUCCCUUGAAGAACUUGAUAACAAAGAUAUGGCCCAUUUGGUUGACGAUCCAAAUGUUGUCAAGGCAUUCAACAAAUCUUUGUUGGCUACAGGUAAAGCUCAAGGAUUGAAGGGUAUUGAAUUGCUUCAAAAUGUUGUUUUGUUGGAUGAAGAAUGGACACCUCAAAAUGGAUUUGUGACAUCAGCUCAAAAGUUACAAAGAAAGAAGAUUUUGGAAUCUUGCAAAGACAAAGUUCAAAAAGCGUAUGGAUCUUGA